GCUAUGGCCCCGGUAGUGGCUGCGCGGGAGGUCGCCCGGGGCGCACGCCUCACCUGGGGCCGGUGGAGGGGGCGGUCCCGGGCGGGGCUGGAAAGCGACGUCCGGGAGGUUGCUGGAGGCGGCGUGUCCGGGAAACCCGACUGGCUGGGUGGCCCGAGAGCGCCGGCUGCCCGCGUGCGCGGCGAGCGCCUUCUCCAUGGUGCGGCCCACACGCGGCACCUUGCAGCCGCGUGUUUGCAGCCCCCGAGGAGCGCUGGGUGUCAAACGCCGAGCGUAGCUAUCUUCGGUUCUUAGGACAGUCGGACAAGGUCAGCUCCAUGGCUCUUCAGCCUGGCCCAGAGGACAUUUCCUACUUGCUGCCUCCAAACAGCGAGGACUGGGAAGGGCGAGCGAUUCCUGACUUCACCUAUGGGCAGCAGGACCUGGUGGUGGAAGGCAUCCAGUGGCCCCAGAGUGCAGCCGGCGCCCUGGACACGUGGGCACUGUCUUGCUUCGACUCUGUGCUGCGCUCUGCCUGGAGUCAGCGAGUGGAGCUCGGGCUCUUCCGCUACCGCCUGGGGGAGCUGCAGACCCGGUCCCUCCCCGGGGCCCUGGGGCUCAUAGCUCAGCUGAAUGUGGAGCGAGGCGUGCAGAGGAGGCGCCCUCAGCACAUCCGGAGCGUGAGGCAGCCCUUCGACCCAGAGCAGUUCAACUUCAACAAGAUCCAGCCAGGAGAAAUCCUCUUCCGUUUACGCCGGGAGCCCCGCGUCCCCGGGGCUCUCCGGCAAGAAGAUAUCCUCGUGGUGAUUAACGUCAGCCCCCUGGAGUGGGGCCACGUGCUGCUGGUGCCCGAGCCCGCCCGUGGGCUCCCCCAGCGCCUGCUGCCGGGGGCACUGCGUGCCGGGGUCGAGGCUGUGCUGCUGAGCGCACACCCAGGCUUCCGUGUCGGCUUCAACAGCCUGGGCGGCUUGGCCUCAGUCAACCACCUCCACCUCCAUGGCUACUACCUGGCCCACAGACUGCCUGUGGAGGGGGCGCCGAGCGUGCCCCUGGGCCCUGGGGGCCUGCUGCACCUGCUCCAUACCCUCCCAGCUCCUGGCUUCCUCUUUUACACCAGCGGGCCAGGGCCUGACUUGGACGCCCUGGUAAGCAGAGUGUGUCGGGCCACUGACUAUCUGACCGACCGUGAGAUUGCACAUAACUUGUUUGUGACCAGGGGCACCCCGCCUGGGAAGACAUCCCCCUCCUCAGCCCUCACAGGCGUCCGGGUCAUUCUGUGGGCCCGGAAGUCCAGCUUUGGAAUCAAGGAAGCCGAGGCUUUCAACGUCGCCCUCUGCGAGCUGGCUGGGCACCUCCCUAUCAAAACGUCCGAGGCCUUCAGCAGCCUGACGGAGACGGCUGCGGUGGCCCUCAUUCAGGACUCCCUGCUGCCCCCAGCCCAGGCACACGAGGUGCAGGCAGCGCUGGUGGCCCUGAUGGAGCAGGAGGAACAAUGACCCUUCCACAGCAUUUCUCUUCUAUCUGAUCGGAGUCCCUUCCCGUAGGGCUGCUCAUCACGGUCAUCCAGGUGUGGGUCUCACGCGUGCCUUCUUGCCUGUCGCAGUGUGAGGGAAGUAAAGACCUGAACUGGGGAGAAACCGCGGAAUAAAUCUGGUGCCUGAGCACUCGUGGACCUGUGACUGCUUCUCGCCUUUCGCUCUCUGUCUUUCGUGAAUGUAUUUCUUUGAAAGGCGGAGAGACAGAGGCGGAGAUCUUCAGUGUACUCAUUCACUCCCUAAAUGUCUGUAACGCCCAGGACCGGGCCAGACCAAAGCCGGAACCCAGGAAUUCGAUCCGGGUCUCUGUGUCGGUGGCAGGGACCCGCAUGCUUGAGCCGUCGCCUGCUGCCUCCCAGAGAAACAUAAGAGGAGGCUGGAGUCAGCACAGCCAGGGCUCUAACCAGGCAUUCCAGGAGAUGCAGGCCCCCAAGUGCACUGUCUUACCUGCUGCACCAAGCGCCUGCCCCUUCUCACCUCCUCUUAGACCCCAGGUGGGGAGCAAACUUAAGGGAGUGUGUGCGAGAGUUCCACACUUCUUUCUUU